AAUUUCUUUUUAAUAAUGAGCUUCUUCCCAAAUUGGUUAAUGAGUAUUUUUAAAGCCACGCUGAAUUAAAGAAAUCCAAUUUUCUCACUAGUAUUUUGUAGUACAUGGGUUCAGAGAGACUCUGUGGGGUAUCCGGAAAGGUUCUACACAUAAAUUGGAUUUAAUUGCUCAAAAGUUACUGGAGCUUUCUUUAAUCAGAAUGGGAAUAUGGAUAAGCUGAGGUCUUACAGAUCCAUGGUACUUAAGGGAGAAAAUUAACACUGUGUCUCACAGCUGUUAGUCGAUAGAGGGAAAGGCAAGCUGGAGUUGUGAAACUUGGUUAAAUUCUUUUCUCCUCCUGUAGAUUCAUAGUGUUUCCUUGUGAUAGACCAUCUUACCUAUGUUGUAAAGCUCUUUGGCUGAGAUGGAUGACAAAGAUAUUAACAAAGAACUGAGACAGAAAUUAAACUUUUCCUGUGUUGAAGAAGAGACUGAGAAUGAAGGGCAGAGGAAAGCACAAGAGAGCAGGGAGGCCGAGAGCCAAACUUCAGAGAAGGGUGAAGUCCAGGACUUGGAGGCAAAGCUCACACCACCCAGGACUCCCUUUCACAGACACGAACUUGACACAUCUCAGGAAAAAGAUAAAGAAAGUCCAGAUCAGAUUUUGAAGACUCCAGAGUCACACCCUCGAACAUGUCCUGAGACACCAGCCCAACCAGACAAAAGGAGCAAGCUGCCACAUGGUGACAGUCCCUCUACUCCAAAAACCACACUGAGCCACUUGGCGAUUUCUCCAGCAGGGAAGCUUCCCUCCAAAGGCUCUAAGCAUUUGAAGCUCACACCUGUUCCCCUCAGGAAUGAGAUGGCCUCAUUGGCUCUGGUCAAUAUUAAUCCCUUCACUCCAGAGUCCUAUAGAAAAUUAUUCCUUCAAUCCAGUGUCAAGAGGAAAAUCCGAGGAGAUCUUGAGGAAGCUGGUCCAGAGGAAUGCAAGGUGGAACAAGGGAUGCCUGCCAAGAGAUGUGUUCUACGAGAAACCAACAUGGCUUCCCGCUAUGAAAAAGAAUUCUUGGAGGUAGAAAAAAUCGGGGUUGGUGAAUUUGGUACAGUCUACAAGUGCAUUAAGAGGCUGGAUGGAUGUGUUUAUGCAAUAAAGCGCUCUAUGAAAUCUUUUGCAGAAUUAUCAAAUGAGAAUUUGGCUUUGCAUGAAGUUUAUGCUCAUGCAGUGCUUGGGCAUCACCCCCACGUGGUGCGUUACUACUCCUCAUGGGCAGAAGAUGACCACAUGAUCAUUCAGAAUGAAUACUGCAAUGGUGGGAGCUUGCAAGGUGCUAUAGCUGAAAAUGCUAAGUCUGGUAAUCAUUUCCAAGAGCCAAAACUCAAGGAUAUACUUCUACAGAUUUCCCUCGGACUUAAGUAUAUCCACAAUGCUGGCAUGGUGCACAUGGACAUCAAACCCAGUAAUAUCUUCAUUUGCCACAGGAUGCAAGGUGACUCCCCUGGAGUCUUAGAAGAAGUUGAAAAUGAAGCUGAUUGGUUUCUCUCUGCCAAUGUGAUAUAUAAAAUUGGUGACCUGGGUCAUGUGACAUCAAUAAGCAAACCCAAAGUAGAAGAAGGAGACAGUCGCUUCCUGGCUAACGAGAUUUUGCAAGAGGAUUAUCAGCACCUUCCAAAAGCAGACAUAUUUGCCUUGGGAUUAACAAUUGCGGUGGCUGCAGGAGCUGAGUCAUUACCCACCAAUGGUGAUGCAUGGCACCGUAUCCGAGAGGGUAAUUUUCCUGACAUUCCUGAGGAACUCUCAAAAGACUUUUACAGUCUGCUCAAGAAUAUGAUCCACCCUGAUCCAGGAGAGAGACCUUCUGCAGUAGCUCUGUCCAGAAGUCGAGUUCUCCGGCCCUCCCUGGGGAAAGCUGAAGAGCUCCAGCAGCAGCUGAAUUUGGAAAAGUUCAAGACAGCCACACUGGAAAGAGAACUGAGAGAAGUCCAGCAGGCCCAGGGAGAUAUCCAUCAUGAGGACCCUGGGGUCUCUGAGGCCCACGCAGGAUCAAGAAGCACGAAACGCCUGGUGGGAGGAAAGAGUGCGAAGUCUUCAAGCUUUACCUGGGGAGAGCAUGAGCCUCUGAAUUGAAAGAAGAAAGGAAAACAGUCCUUGGUUUGGCCUAUUGAUUAAGAGGUUGCUGUUGCCAAUUCCCCCACGAAGGACCCCAGGGCCUCUAACUGUAAAUAGAAGGGAAUAAAAUUUGGUUUUGAGUUGAAGUUACAGCUUACAAGAAAAUGUACCUGGAUUCAAACAGUGCUUCCCAGGUUAUAUGAUGCUAUUCCUAAAAGAAUUCCCACUCCCUUUGAGAAAGUGGUUCUCUUAAUGUAUAUAUACCCUUCCUCUGAUAUCAUAUUUAUUAAAUAAAUGGCUUCACCAUUAUGUAAGAUGGGUAAAAAUGAACCUGUAUAUAAUGUGGACAUUUCUGAGCUGGUUAACUUCUAGAACAGAAAUACUAGAGGCAGAGGGUUCAAGGAAAAUUUGAUGUGUCUGUUCUCCCUCAGUCUAUUUGCCCUGAGCCUCUCUUGGCUGUUCUGAUCGGUUUUUAUAUUCUGGGUACUGCCAAUUUAUCUUGACUUUAUCAGAAUUUGGCUUUAUUUUCUGCCAUUUUAUCACAUUUUAUUCAAAUUCUUUUUCUGUAUACAUUCUUAAAGGAAUAGAAUACUGUAUUUUUAAAUAAAGGUUUUUAUCUUGUCCAAAGCUGAAUUACGAGUAAAGCACUCUUUUUUAUAAUAUGUAACUAACAAAGAAUGAGAAAUUUGUUGGAAAAAAUUUUAUGAAUAAAUGAGUAACAGAAUUCAGUAGGUUAGUAGUAACAUGUCUCGGCAGCAAGGCCCAGCUUCACAGGUCCAAAAGUUAAUAAUGGUCAGGCUCUGCUAUAAAAUAAUGUCAAUCACAAAGGUAUUUCAUAAAUUCUAUUUGUGUCAUCUUAAUGUAAACUGUUAAUGAUUAAUGGCUCUUUUUGUUACUUGAUUAUCUUAUUUUCUCCUCAUUUUUAAAAGCCAAUUAUAUUUUUUUAAGUGAAUAAACCGUCAUACUAUUCCUU